AAUCAGGAUGAUCACGGACGUGCAGCUCGCCAUCUUCGCCAACAUGCUGGGCGUGUCGCUCUUCUUGCUUGUGGUUCUUUAUCACUACGUGGCAGUCAACAAUCCCAAGAAGCAGGACUGAAAGUGGCGCUUUCUCCACCCCAGGGUUCCAGGACAUAGUCUGAGGCAAGAUGGAGGGUGUGAGGGGCCUUCACCCUUCACUUCAUGCCUUCUACCCAACACAACAUACAAAGCAACUACACCUGGAUUUUUCCAAACAACUUUUAUUUCCUCAAAGCCUUCCUUAACCCUAUGGAUCAAGAAGCUGCCACUGAAUAGGGGCCUUUAUAAGGGCUGCUUUCUUGUCUUCUCCCCCCAAUAUAAAAAUAUAGAUAUAUA